AUGUCGACCUCCUCCACCCAACUCCCAGUCCUUGACUUUAUCAACUCCACCCAGCAACCCAACUCCAGCAUCUACUUGUUCUCCAAGUUCAUCCACCCUGACAAAGAACUGUACACAGAAUUUUACAGCUUGUGGAUUGCCCUGAUGGUAGUUAAUGCCAUCAUUUUCCUGGUGGGUGGUGUGCUAAACAGCUUGGCACUCUAUGUCUUCUGCUUCCGUACCAAGACAAAAACCACCUCUGUUAUUUACACCAUCAACUUGAUUGUUACUGAUCUCCUGGUGGGCUUUUCCUUGCCUGUCCGGAUCAUCAUGUUCUAUAGUGCAGGGGACUGCCUGAAUUGUUCCUUGGUUCAUAUCUUUGCCUACUUUGUCAACAUGUAUUGCAGCAUCCUUUUCUUGACGUGCAUCUGCGUUGACCGCUAUCUGGCAAUCGUACAGGUGGAGGCCUCACGUAAGUGGAGGAAUCCCACCUGUGCCAAAGGGAUCUGCGUCUUCAUUUGGAUCUUUGCCACUGUGGUGACUUUCUCCAUCCUGAUCAUGGCAAUACAGUUUGCUGCAUGCUGCCUCUCCAAGAUUCUGGUCCUGAUGGUCUGUGAGUACUUCUUCCCGCUCAUCAUAAUCAUCUUCUUUACCACCAGGAUUAUGUGCGCUCUGUCCAAGCCCAGCCUCAUGCACCAGAGUCGGGAGAGGAGAAUGAGGGCUGUGCAACUCCUUAUCACUGUCCUCAUCAUCUUCAUGAUCUGCUUCACUCCUUUUCACGUGCGACAAGUAGCAAUCUCCAUCAACCCAGACAUGACCCAUGAUGUCAGCCUCCUUGUCUACCAUGUGACAGUGACUCUGAGUAGCCUCAAUAGCUGCAUGGACCCAAUUGUUUACUGCUUUGUCACCAAUAAUUUCCAGUCAACCAUGAAGAACAUCUUCAGGAAAACCGAGCCAGAGCAAACCAGUGUGGACAUCCUGGGUAUGAACAAGAACUCCAAGGGCUCCAAUGCAAUUAUUGCCUUCUCAAACACAAUAGGACGCCCUGUGAGCUUGCCAUCACCAAACAAUGUCCAGAUAUAA